UGCAAUUAUUCGUAUCAAAAAAAAUUGUGACAAAACUAUGUUUUUUUUCUCUCCUAGUAAUCCUUUUCUGAAAUACACAAACAAUAUGCAUGUCACAUUGAUUAAAUUUAUAAGUGAUGAGAGUGAUUUUAGUUCUACUAGUAUAUAAGUUUGUUGCUCGUAUUUUAAAUCUUCUGAACAAAUUUUUCAACGUGCCCAAAUUGCAACAUUUUCGUGAGAUUGUGGAUACAAAAGUAGAAUACCUUGAAGUCAUGAGUAGUGAAUCAAACUCGCUUACUGCCAUAGAUGCAGUAAAAGGAUAUAGUUUUCGACCGUAUGAAGUGAAACGUAUAAAAUUCAAGAGUUACAACAAGAAUGGGAGGUCCCGACCAUAUGCACGAAGUGGCCAUCGAAUAGUUUGUAACGAUUCAGCUAUUUUCUGUUUCGGCGGAUUUAAUCCUAAUAUGCCAGAAGUGAAUGAGGAUGACGAAACAUCUUGUUUGUUCCAAGAACUCUGGAAAUAUGAUGUUAUUCGAAAGGAAUGGACCCUAAUUAUGGGACCUAAUAACGAUUUACCACAAGAAUUAGCUUCAAAUGCCAUGAUUUUGCAAGGGGACACAUUAGUGGUUUAUGGUGGAACAGGAUUUCCAUUUGGGGUAAAUUGCUCAAAUAGGCUUUAUGUAUGCCAACCUGGUAAAAAACCUAAAGAAAUGACUGAAGUUGCAGUUACUGGCGAUCUUCCACCAGCCCAAUAUGGGCAGACAAUACUAUAUAACGACGGCUUUUUGUACACAAUUGGCGGUACAGAAGGUUUCAAUUAUACCUGUGAUGUUUAUAGGUUGAACGUAUUUUCUAGAACAUGGGAGUGUGCCUAUACUUGUCGAACGGAUAUUCGCGAAGAUCCUUUAGGUCGCUACCGGCACGAAAUUGCUUACGACGAUGAAAAAAUUUACGUUAUCGGAGGAGGAACCAGCGACACUGCAUUCAGUUUAGCUUCAAUUCCUACGUUCGAUCUUAAGAAAAAUACGUGGACUUACACGGUAACCAAACCUGAUCCCAAACUGCCCGCUCCAGGCGUGCCAUCUGCACGAAAAUGCCAUUCAUGCGUGCAGUAUAAAACCGACCACGGAACAGAGAUUGUGAUAGCCGGUGGUUACGAUGGUCGUUUGUAUUAUGGAGAUAUUUGGAAGCUAAAUUUGUCAUCUCUAGAGUGGCGACUAAUGCAAAAAUCUUCUCUACCUUAUCCGUUAUUUUUCCACGGUGCUGCAGCUAAUAGCAGUGGUUGCAUGUAUAUUUUCGGCGGAAUAAAAUUUAGUGUUAACAACAAUGUGCGCACUAAUGUAGUUUUUAAAAUGUGGGCAACUAUUCCUAAAUUAAGUGAAAUUUGUUGGGAAGCUAUUGUACACUACAGCCCAGGAUUAACACGAACUUCUAAACAAAAACUGCUGCAAAUUGGGAUUCCGGUGAAAUUUGUCGAAAGAAUAUACGACGCGUAAGUUAACGUUCAGGUACCAGCGACUGGUGGUGCGUUCUCCAAUUGUGUUGAGAGAUAUGUGCCUAUUAGUUAAAAUUACGUAACUUGAAUAAAAAAUCGUUAAUAUAAAAAGCUAAA